GAAACGCUUGGUAUAGAGAGAGAGGAGCGCGCUUCGUGCUCGGCCAACUUCACACUAGUCGAAUGUCGUCGUUUAACGAACACCAUCAGACCAACUGUUGUGUGCGAAUUGCGAAAAAAAAGAAACACACCGAAUACAAAUAAAUUCUUAUUUGCGCAAUUAAACCGAAUCACAUAUGGACACAGAGACAGACACUUCGUUGCGAUCACUUUAAGUUUUUCUUUGAAACAGCAAACUCCGUUCAAAACGACAAGGAUUUACAAACGGGCAACGGAAAAUUGUCUUUUCGACACCGUAGAUUUCAAUCACUCGUUUCUUUUUCUUUUAAGUUUCGUUUUCAUUUUUUUUUCUUCAUCUUCCACUUUGUUCUUCUUUUUUUUUUAAUUGUUGUUGUUGAAUUUUAUGAGUUUAUUUCGUCGUCGGAUUUUUCAAAUCGAAAAAAAAUCAUUUGUUAUCAUUUGUAAGGAGUUCAUUUUAAGUUUAUUGUAAUGGCAUAUUAUGGUGUUUUUAUACCGAGUGAAAAGAAAAACGCUCUCAUCGAAGAAGAUGCGCAACUGGUAUUCAGCGACAGAAAUGAGGCGUUCAAAAUGCUGAAAAAGGUACGCGAAUCACGAGUCAAAUCGUUUAAAACGUAUGAGGAGGCAUAUCGAUUCUCAAAGUGUGGCCUAGAGAGCCCCACUGAAACCGAAAUACCGCUUAUUAUUAUAUCCGCCGAAAUCAACGGUGUUCAGUCCAAUGGUACUGGUAAUAACAAUGUUAACUGUGAUAAGAAUUCGUCGAAAGCGUCCCCAAUGGUUGGAGAAAAAACAUCGAAUUUCCGCGGACCAACAAGCCAAGAGCUAAUUAAAUUCCGAAAAAUGAUUGAACAAGGCGACAAAGAAUCGGCACAAAAUCUUAUUAAAUCGAAUCCACGAUAUUUAGUUAGUUCCGGCGAUACACCGACCAUAUUGAAAGAGAGUUUUCGAUACAAUGCACUUCAUGUAGCAGCCAUAUCAAAGAAUGCUGAGAUGACGAUUCUGGUUUUGGAAACGGUUGGCGAUCCCGAAUUCAUUAAAUUGCUACAUGGAAAAGAUGAUGACCGCACCGCCGAAGAUGUCUCCAAUAUAUUGUUAGAUUUAUACUUGAAUAUGCCCGAAAAGGGUCGCGGCGAAACACCAUUGCAUUUGGCCACCAAAUUCGGUGCCGCUAGUGUCGUUGAAGUACUCACAUCGUAUCGGGAAUGUCAAUCGAAUCGGAAUACAGAAGGAUAUUUGCCAAAAGAUAUUGUAUGCUCCAGAGUGACAUCCCCGGAUCCAGCAGUAGCGUACACCAUUCGAACAUUGCUGGAAGGUCGAUUUUAUGUGCCAGUCAUGCGAUCAAUCGACAAUUCAACACCACCGGUCAUUGGUGAACCGUUCAUGGAAACUCAGUUGCCCAACCAGGUGCCAGCAAAUGAUUUGCUCAGUCCAAAGAUGGAGAUACGAGCUAUAGCUGGUCCGAUGAACAAAGAACAAGCUGAAACGUUCCGGAAGCGUUGGAAAACGCCACCACGGGCCUUGGGUUCGCCGGCCGCAUUUUUAAAAUCGCCGGUCCAAGAACAAAGUCCAAUCAAUGGAUCGCCGCUAUCUUCCUAUCCGAAUAUGAUCAUUCGUCAGCGUUGUACACCGAGUAAGACUCCACAGAGAGAAGUCACACCAACGCUAACGAUUGAGAAAACAUCGCGUCGCCUCUUCGACAACAAUGUGACGGACGAUGAAAACAUCGCUCCGAAUGCGGCAAAGAUGUUAUUUAGAAAUUAUCGCGAUCAUUCGCAUAAUGACAGUCUAAAUGACUCGAUGAUCAUGGCCACGCCAAGUUUAAAUUCGCUAAGUGAAAUCUCAUUCAAUGAGAACCAGUACAAUUCACCUGGUUUUCGGGAACGAAAUCUCAAAUUGGCCGAUGUUGAUAAAGGUUUGGAAGUAAUCGGUCGAGGUUUGGCGAAGGAUCAACGGGUCACGUGGCGUGAGCAUUGGGCAUUUUUGGAUGAAUUCAUCGAUAUCAGCAGUAACGAAGGCUUGACGAAAUUCGAAAUGUAUCUUCAAGAUCGAUUGGACGAACGAAUGAAACCACCUUCGUUGGCAUCUCUAACACAACGAAAGUUUCAAUUGACCCCAUUGCCCGUUACUCCAGUGUCGAAGAUUUCACAAAAACUCAACAAAUUGCGCAUCGAAAAGGAUCCACACGACGAAAGUUUCAAUCAUGCACGCGCCUCGACACCGUCCAGUCCAAAUGCUUUUCACGCAUAUUUAUGCGUAGAAAAAUCAUGCCAAAUCUAUGCAAAUCGAUUGCUCAAGCCAAUCGCCCAGAAUCCAACCAAUAUCGUGACUGUGAAUGAUGUACUCGUUGGGGAAUUGAAUCGAUUGAAAUCAUUAAUCUGUAGCUAUAAGCAUGAUAUUCGUUUCUUUGCUGUCGAUUUUCAAGCGACUCACUCACGAUUUGCGCACAUUGUCGUCGCUCUAUUGAACAAUGAUCCCGAGUACCAGGAGCACAAAGUCAGUGAAACACUCCAAAGCACACUUGACCAUAUCUUGCAUGCCAAGGAAAAAUCGGCUCUCAGUGCGAGCAAAAAUGGCAACAGCCAAGAUGAGCUUGCCAAGAAUACCACACAAUUGAUUUGCCUGAUCAAACAAUUGCUGAAACGAUUGAAUGAUUCGUCCAAUUUGAUUCCACCGGAAGUGCUAACCACUGAAACGGACUGUGCCGAUAUUUGGCAUGGCGAAGAGAAAUGCGAAUGUGACUGGGCCAACUCACCAAACAACAAAUUAAAUCGCAGUAUCAAACGGAAGAAUCGACUGAGCGAAACAUUCGGCGAUUUUUGUGAUAGAUUAAACAUCCGAUCCGAGGAGAACGAAACUGACGAAGAGGAUGACGCAUUUUUGUCUCUGGAACAUUCAGAAGAUGAAAUCGAUUCAAGCGAUGAAGAAUUUUUCACACCGCCACAGUCACCGGUUCUGGAAUUUUUCGAUAACAGCGACCCAAAAAUCUUAUAUGAUAAUUUCAUUUUUGGUCAGGAACCAACAAAAAUGGAUAAUGAUGUUCUAAAUGCUUUGCAUAAUGUUGAUAUUGACAAGAACUCCUAUCCGAAUAUAUAUCAAUGGCACACCACUUUGCUGAGAUAUUCAUUGGAAGAGCGUGCUAGUUUCCCGCAGACGAUAAACACAAAUGCAAACACCCUCAAAUCGCCAUCACCAUGCAGAACAUUCAGCCGCACACCAAUCAAAAGUAUUCUGCCAAGAAUUAGCCAAUUCCAAUUGAAACCGUCGAAAUUUCAGUAAAAGAUUAACUCUAGCAGCGUUUAAACGGCAAUCUGUAUCACGGACGACGGUAGUCUGACAAGUGAUGCUCCACAAACAGUGCAAAACAAGCCAAAAUGUAAAAAUUGCCAUCAUUUUUUUUUGCGUCAUACGACUAAAUUUUUCUUUAUUUUUAUCAAUCAUCACAAUAGGAACAAAAAUAUUCAAUCAAUCUCGUACACAUGUAAAAAAGAUGAGUUCAUGUUUUUUUAGGCUUACCACUAUUUUUUGAGAUAUAAAUAAUUUUGAUAGCUACAAGAAAUGAAUUUAAUUCAAUACUAAACCAAAAACCCAAAUUUUUAUACUAUUUUCAAAGCAAUAAAAACCACACUCAGUGUAAAAAACACUUUUAUAUAGAAAAUUGAAUAGAAA